CGUAAAACCAUCUCAUCUCGAGGCCAUAUAACUGCGGCUUCUUGCCUCGCAGCAAACAGACAUGCAGUCAGAGAUCACUCGUACACGCGUUAUCAAGGUUCUAUUUGUCGCAGUCCUGGCACUCCUGGCGUUGAGCGUUCUUCUGGUUUCCCGUGGACCAUCGGCGAACACUAACCAUCUGUUCGACGAUAUGCCCGAAGGCGACAUCUUCACCUCAAGCCCCAGUCCUGGUCAAGCUGGUCAGGAGAUUCCUUGGUACAUUCUUCCUGAAGGCUCUUACGUCCCUCCGUAUGGCGACUGGGCUGCUCAAUCGUGGCGUUACGCCGCAGACGCUACCGUUGACCUGCCCCUGUCCUCAGCUACGCUCUUCUUCACUGCACAAGGAGCCGGCCUCACGGGCACGCUGAACAUUCAAAAUGAUGGAAGCCGUGGUGCAGAUGUUGCGCGUGUGCAAGUACGGAUGUACUAUACCGCUGCGCGCCUUGCGGACGCGGCCAAGGUACUGCGAGAGCAGCCUGCUGCGGGGAACAACGGUAUCGGUAUCAAGACCCCCAACCGCACUAGUCAAAACGAGCAUAUGUUCUUUGACGUUAGAGUUCACCUGCCGCGCGGCACGGCCCAGGAUCCGCAGCGCAUCUCCAACCUCGAGGCUGAUCUUCCUAACUUCGCCCACAUCCUUGGUGAUCUUGCAGAUGGAGUCCAUUUCAAUCGCAUUUCGCUCACGGGAGCGAAUAAUUAUAUCUCAUCGAAGUCCCUGUUGGCAGAUAUCGCGCAUAUAAGGACCUCUAAUGCCGCAAUCGAGGGUCACUACAUCGCCAACAGCAUUCUUAGUCUGAAUACAGACAACGGCCAUGUCAAAACUGAUGUCACCCUCACCAACGCCGGCAGCCGGGCAUCUACACUCGACUUGAGAGCGAGUAACGGCCAAGUCACCUCGACCAUCUCGCUUCUGUCGACCUCCCAGGACAGCACCGGCGGCGUCUUCGAAGUGAAGGCCCGGACGUCGAAUGGUGGCAUCGCGCUCUCCUUCCCCGAGGCGCCGCUCGACUCAGUGCAGCACGUCGAGGCGCAGAGCUCGAUCGGGGACGCCACCGUGCAGAUGCACAAGACCUUCGAGGGCACGUUCAGCCUGUCUCAGUCGUUCCCCGCGCCGGUCAUCCAGUAUGACAACCGCGCGUCGGACCCGGCGGGCACCGGUCGGGAGAGGAACGUCGGGUACCAGCGGGACGGGAGCGGUGCUUUUGUGGGCCGUACGACGUGGGGUCAGCCGGCACGCGGAAAGGGCAUGGGAAAUGUCAACGUGCAGACGUCGAUUGGCAAUACUAAGCUUAUUCUGUGAUUUGUUCUCGUGGUAGUCGCAUCUAUGGGAAGAACUUGAUUGGCAAUGUAUGAUCUGGGUGCUACGCGACAUUGAAUAAAAUCGUUCGGCAAAUAACCU